AAGACGGGAGGCCAGUCAGUGAGCAGAGCUCGCACCCAAAACACUCUCGCGUGUCUCUCUCUCCCUCUUUACCUCUCUCUCUCUCUCUCCCCCGAGUUCGCACAAGCCAACACAAUGGAAACGCUGCCUAUGUCUAUGGAUAGGGAUUCCCUGAUACAGUUACUUUCUGAAAUUGAUACAGUGUUAUUAGACUGUGAUGGUGUACUAUGGCAGGGAGCUCAGGGCAUGGACGUCAUCCCUCGCUCUCGUGAAGCCCUGGAACGCCUCAAGCAGAUGGGAAAGAGAGUAUUCCUUAUCACCAACAAUUCCACCAAAACCCAGGACCACUACUUUGCAAAAUGCCGACAGCUGGGAUUCAAUGUGGAGAAGGACCACAUCCUGAGCUCCCCGUACAUCGCAGCACAAUACCUCAAGGAAAUCGGCUUCGACAAGAAGGCCUACAUCAUAGGGUCUCCCGGUCUCGCAGAGGAAAUUCAGAAAGUCGGCAUUACUACCAUUGGUACUGGUCCAGAAACAAUUGAAGGCCCCCUGUACAAUGCAGUAGUCGAGGGAAAGUUAGGGCUCGACCCUGGCGUUGGGGCCGUAGUCGUUGGCUUCGACAGAGACUUCAACUACGACAAGCUCCUCCGCGCCACAUGUUACCUCAAGGACCCAGACUGCUUGUUCAUAGCCACCAAUACUGAUGAGAAGUACAUAGUGCAGGGAACCAACUAUCACUUGCCAGCUGCUGGAAUCAUAGUCAAUGCCAUAGAGGCAGCCUCAGAACGCCCAGCACGCGUCAUGGGUAAACCUUCGCUCAACAUCUUCCACAUGCUACAAGCUCGUUUCAACCUCCAGCCUGAGAAGACUCUGCUCUUCGGGGACACGCUACACACGGACAUCCUGUUCGGCAAUGAGAGCGGCAUGUGGAGCAUCUUGGUCCUGAGCGGUGUCUCGACCCUCAUGGAAGCCCGGGAGCUGCCUCAAGACCCCCAGAAGCAGAAGCAGCUGCCACUCUUCUAUCUGCAGUCCCUUGGAGAUAUCCUGACCCUCAUGGACGAGCAAGUGAAUGGGGGAGUGAAUGAGCAACAGAAUUAGGUAACAGGACUGAGGUAACAGGAUUGAGGCAACAGAACCGAGACAAGAGGACUGGGGCAACAGACCUUUGAUUACUUAGAAAAGUUGUGUUGUUGUAUGCGAUUGAGAGUAGUUGAUAUUUUUGGUUUGAUUGAAGAUGAGUGUUAAUACAUACUGUCACUGACAAGUUUAUUAUUAUUAUUAUCAUUAUUAUUAUUAAUUAUAAUGUAACUGAGUCUUUUAAUAUUUGGUCAUUAUUUCCAUAUAAAGAAGUAUUAGAUUUUGUGUGUUUGAUUGUUUUUUUUUCUAUCAUGUAUACAUGUGUAGAAUGAUGGCAUAUGUAACCUUGUUUUCAGGAAAACACUUUUAUUAGCCAGUUGUGUAGACCAACUUAUAUUUGAUGUUGCUUAGCAAAGUAUGAGUAUUUACAUUCUGUGUUGCUUGGAUGACAGACAGUAGUGACUUUUUGUACUGAGUUUAUAGGAAUUGAUAGCAAACGUAGUGAGUGAUAGAGCUUUUAUAUAGUGAUAUGUUAGGUAAUUUAGGUUUGCUAUGUGUAUAUAUUCACACAAAAUAGCAUAUUCAUGCUGUCAAAGAUAUGCAAAAUCUCACCUUCUUCCAUAGCCUUUACUUUAUAUUAAAGUAUUCUAUGAAACUGUAGAUUUUGUAAUAUUUUGUAUGCUUGCAAGCAUUUAUAUACAUGUUAUUUUGUUUACCAAAGAUUAAUAUUGUUCAGUGACUUAUGGUUCUGUAAGGUACUGGUAAUUAUAUGUCCUGCAGACUUGCCAUAUUGUUAAUCAUAAUAGAAUAAUUUGCAUAAAUUACAUCUGAAGACCAAAAUAUAGCACUUAACUCUGUUAUUAAUAAGAGCUUAUAUAUUAUCAUGUUAUAUAAGUUGAAGACUAGGAUAUCAAGCUUAUCUUAAAUGUACAAUAGACAAUUAAUGUUUCCUAUUCUGUGAUUAUUAAAAAGCCCUUUUCAAAUUUA